CGGAGAGGAGACGCGCGGAAAGUUUGCUCAAUGGGCGAUGUCUGAGGGAGGCUGUCACUCAGGUGGCGGUGGCAGAGGCCGGGCUAAGACGUGGCCAGGGGAGCGCGGCUAGCUGUCCAGGCAUUGGGGCGGCGGCGAGGUCCCUAGCGCGUCCUCGCCCUAGUCGGGGGCUCCGAGCGUCGGGAGAGGCGGGCGCCGGCGGCUGCACCUCCAUGCCCGCGCGCGGGGCGGGCCGCUGAUGGAGCGCGCCACCCGCCCGGGGCCGCUCGCGCGGGCGCUGCUGCUGCUGGGGCUCGUGGCGGGGACGGUGGCCGCGGGGCGCGCUCCCCACCUCCCCGUGCGAACGGCGGAGGCGGCGUUUGGACUGGGGGCCGCGGCCGCUCCCACCUCUGCCGCGCGGGUGCCGGCGGCGGGGUCCGUGACUGCGGCAGAGGUGACGGUGGAGGACGCCGAGGCGUUGCCGGCGGCCACAGGCGAGCCGGAGGCGCAGGAGCCAGAACCCGAAGACGUGACCGAGCUGCGGCGGCGCGGCAGAUCACUAGUGAUUAUCAGCACUUUAGAUGGGCGAAUUGCUGCCUUGGACCCUGAGAAUCAUGGUAAAAAGCAGUGGGAUUUGGACGUGGGAUCCGGUUCCUUGGUUUCAUCCAGCCUUAGCAAACCAGAGGUAUUUGGGAAUAAGAUGAUCAUUCCUUCCCUGGAUGGAGACCUUUUCCAGUGGGACCGAGACCGUGAGAGCAUGGAAACAGUUCCUUUUACCGUUGAAUCUCUUCUUGAAUCUUCUUAUAAAUUUGGAGAUGAUGUUGUUUUAGUUGGAGGAAAGUCCCUUACUACAUAUGGACUCAGUGCAUAUAGUGGAAAGGUGAGGUACAUCUGUUCAGCUUUGGGUUGUCGCCGAUGGGAUAAUGAUGAAAUGGAACAAGAAGACAUUCUGCUUCUGCAACGCACCCAGAAAACUGUCAGAGCUGUCGGACCUCGUAGUGGCAAUGAGAAGUGGAAUUUCAGUGUUGGCCACUUUGAACUUCGGUAUAUUCCAGACAUGGAAACUAGAGCUGGAUUUAUUGAAAGCACCUUAAAACCCAGUGGAAACAAAGAAGAGUCUAAAAUUAUUUCAGAUGUGGAAGAACAGGAAGCUGCCAUGAUGGACACAGUGAUAAAGGUCUCAGUUGCUGAUUGGAAGGUUAUGGCGUUUAGUAAGAAGGGAGGACAUCUGGAAUGGGAAUACCAGUUUUGUACUCCCAUUGCAUCUGCCUGGUUGGUUAAGGAUGGCAAAGUCAUUCCCAUCAGUCUUUUUGAUGAUACGAGUUAUACAUCUAAUAAUGAAGUUUUAGAAGAUGAAGAAGACCUUGUAGAAGCUGCCCGAGGAGCCACAGAGAGCAGCGUGUACCUGGGAAUGUAUAGAGGCCAGCUGUAUCUGCAGUCAUCAGUCAGAAUUUCAGAAAAGUUUCCUACAAGUCCCAAGGCCUUGGAAAAUGUCAAUAAUGAAAAUGCAGUUAUCCCUUUGCCAACAAUCAAAUGGAAACCCUUAAUUCAUUCUCCUUCCAGAACUCCUGUCUUGGUAGGGUCUGAUGAAUUUGACAAAUGUCUUAGUAAUGAUAAGUUUUCUCAUGAAGAGUACAGUAAUGGUGCACUUUCAAUCUUGCAGUAUCCGUAUGAUAAUGGUUACUAUCUACCAUACUACAAGAGGGAAAGGAGCAAACGGAGCACACAGAUCACAGUCAGGUUUCUCGACAACCCAAAUUACAGCAAGAAUAUACGCAAAAAGGAUCCCGUUCUCCUCUUACACUGGUGGAAAGAAAUAGUUGCAACUAUUCUAUUAUGUAUCAUAGCAACAACUUUCAUUGUGCGCAGACUUUUCCAUCCGCAUCCUCACAGACAAAGGAAGGAAUCUGAAACUCAGUGUCAAACUGAAAAUAAAUAUGAUUCUGUAAGUGGAGAAGCUAGGGACAGUAGCUGGAAUGACGUAAAAAAUUCUGGAUAUGUAUCACGGUAUCUAACAGAUUUUGAACCCGUUCAGUGCAUGGGUCGUGGGGGGUUUGGAGUUGUCUUUGAAGCUAGAAACAAAGUAGAUGACUGCAAUUACGCUAUCAAGAGAAUCCGUCUCCCCAACAGGGAAUUGGCUCGGGAAAAGGUAAUGCGAGAAGUUAAAGCCUUAGCCAAGCUUGAACACCCAGGAAUUGUUAGAUAUUUCAAUGCUUGGUUGGAAGCACCACCAGAGAAGUGGCAAGAAAAAAUGGAUGAGAUCUGGCUGAAAGAUGAAAGCACAGACUGGCCACUCAGCUCUCCUAGCCCAAUGGAGGCACCGUCAGUUAAAAUACGCAGAAUGGAUCCUUUCUGCACAAAAGAACAUAUUGAAAUCAUAGCUCCUUCACCAAAAAGGAGGAGGUCUUUUUCGGUAGGGAUUUCCUGUGGUCAGACAAGUUCAUCCAAGAGUCAGUUCUCCCCACUGGAAUUUUCAGAAAUGGACCAUGGAGACAUCAGUGGGUCGGUGGGUGCAGUGUACAACCUCCAAGACAGUUGCCUUACAGACUGUGAUGCGGAAGAUGGUACUAUAGAUGGCAAUGAUGAGGGGCACUCCUUUGAACUUUGUCCUUCUGAAGCAUCUCCUAAUGUAAGGUCAAGGGAGAGAACAUCUUCUUCUAUAGUAUUUGAAGAUUCUGGCUGUGAUAAUGCGUCCAGUAAAGAAGAGCUCAAAACUAACCGACUGCAUAUUGGCAGCCAUUGUGCUAAUAAACUAAGCGAUUUCAGGCAUUCCAGCAGCAAAUCUUCUUCUGAACCUACUUUGUCUAUUUCUCCUCCAAGACCAACCACUUUAAGUUUAGAUCUCACUAAAAACACUACGGAAAAACUCCAGCCCAGUUCACCAAAGGUGUAUCUUUACAUUCAGAUGCAGCUGUGCAGAAAAGAAAACCUCAAAGACUGGAUGCACAGUCGAUGCACCAUAGAGGAGAGAGAGAGGAGUGUGUGUCUGCACAUCUUCCUGCAGAUCGCGGAGGCAGUAGAAUUUCUGCACAGUAAAGGGCUCAUGCACAGGGACCUCAAGCCUUCCAACAUAUUCUUUACAAUGGACGAUGUGGUGAAGGUUGGAGACUUCGGGUUGGUGACUGCAAUGGACCAGGACGAGGAAGAGCAGAUGGUUCUCACUCCAAUGCCCGCAUAUGCCAGACACACAGGACAAGUGGGGACCAAGCUGUAUAUGAGCCCAGAGCAGAUUCAUGGAAACAACUACUCUCAUAAAGUGGACAUCUUUUCUUUAGGCCUCAUUCUAUUUGAAUUGCUGUACCCAUUCAGCACUCAGAUGGAGAGAGUCAGGUUUUAGACCUUAUCUGUUGACUUCUGGCCAUGGUAGAAGAGGAUGUAGUUCCCAAGUAUAACCAAAGGAUUCAUAUCAUCUAACUGAAAGGACCUACAAAGUGUUCUGUACAAUAAAUGGGAAAAAAAGAAGAAAAUUAAAGUGACCAGAGAUAAAGGCCCUUAAAGCUUCCAGAAAGGAAAAUAAAACAGGUCCAACGUAUGUAAAGGAUCAGGAAUCAUAUGGCAUCAAAAUUUAUGUAGUUAUAAGUGCAUCAAAGGACCUCACCAAGAAAGUGAAAAGACAACCCACAGAAUAGGAAAAAAUAUUUGUAAAUCAUGUAUUGGAUAAGGUUUUGUUAUCCAGAAUAUAUAAAGAACUGUUACAAUUCAACAACAAAAAGACAACCUGAUUAGAAAAUGGGAAAAGGAUUUGAAUAGACAUUUCCCCAAAGAUAUAUAAAUGGCUGAUAAGCACAAUGUCAUUAUUCAUUAGGGAAAUGCAAAUCAAAACCAUAAUGAGAUACUACCUCACGCUCUCCUAGGUAGCUUUAAAUAAAAAAAAAACCAAGUGUUGACAAGGAUGUGGAGAAAUUGGAAGCCUCAUAUGUUGUUGGUGGGAAUGUAAAAUGGUACAGCUGCUGUGGAAAGCAGUUUGACAGUUCCUCGAAAAGUUAAGCAUCCAGUUACCAUGUAACUCAGCAGUUCCACUCCUAGGUAUAUACUCAAGAGAAAUGAAAACAUAGGUCCACACAAAAACUUGUACACAAAUGAUUAAUAGCCAGAAAGUAGAAACAGCCCAAAUGUCAAUCAGCUGAUGAGUGGAAAAACAAAAUGUGGUCUACCUAUACAAUGGAAUGUUGUUGUUGUUAGUGCUGUUGAGUGGAUUCCGACUCUUAGCGCCCCUGUGGACAGCAGAGCAGAACCCUGCCUGGUCUUUUUGCACCAUCCUCUCACUUCUGGCGCUACAUCAGACAGUGUUCCACUGCUGUUCGUCGAGUCUGCACAGCAAGUUUUUUCAGAAGUGGGUGGCCAGGUCCUUCUUCCUAGUCUGACUUAGUCUGGAAGCUCUGCUGAAACCUCUCCACCGUGGGUGACCCUACUGGUAUUUGCAGUACUGGUGGCAUAGCUUUUAGUUUCACAGCAACAUACUUCCACCACAGAAUGACAACCGACAGACAGGUGGUGUGGUUCCCUGACCAGGAAACGACCCCGGGCCACAGCAGUGAGAGCACUGAAUCCUAACCACUAGACCACCAAAUGGAAUAUUAUUCAGCCAUAAAAAGGAGUGAAAUACUGACACAUGCUAUAACAUGGAUGAACCUUGAAAACAUUACACUAAGUGAAAGAAGCCAGAUACAAAAGGCCACGUGUUGUAUGAUUCCAUUUAUAUGAAAUGUCCAGAACAGGCACAUCCAUAGAGACAAAGUAGAUUAGUAGUUGCCAGGGGCUGGGGGGAGAAAGGAGUGGAGAGUGACUGCUUAAUGGGUAUGAGGUUUAUUUUUGGGUGAUGAAAAUGUUCUGGAAUUAGAUAGUGAUGAUGGUUGUACAACAUUGUGAAUAGAAUAAAAACUACUGAAUUAUACACUGCAAAAUGGUUAAAAAGGUGAAUUUUAUUUAUGUGAAUUUUAUUUCAGUAAAAAAAUAGGUAGUUAUGUAAAAAUUUUUGGUGAAAUGAAUAGUCAGUAUUUAUGUUGACCAUGCAAAUAUUGUUCUAUGCUAGAUCAAGUAAUGUACUCUGACUUUCUUUUCUUUCUGAUACAAUCCUUUUUUUCAGAAUUGCCUUUUCUCAAUUGCUUAGUUUUCUAUGAACCUGUGUUGUAAUUUUAAAUAAAUGUUG